CGCGAAACGACGGUUGAAGAAGAACGCACGAAAAGACGGAAGACGAAAAGUUAUUCAAAAAACGUCUCACAGAAGUGGGGGCUCGUCCAGGAUAGGAAUAGGCUUGGAUGUGGAUUAGGCUUAACUCGAAGAGAUUCGACGAACUGCGCUUUGGUUUUGUGAGUUCGCUGGACAUUUACGGACAUUUCUGUUUUUGUGAAAAUUUCGACGUUGGAGAUUCCGAAUACGUCGGCAUUACGGAAGAACUUCGAGUUACGUUUCGGCAAACCGUGAGUAGUUCUAAAAUUCUACUUUUAAGAUGGCGACGCUCGUAGAAAUUAUCGGCGAAACGUUAAAGUCGGCCUCGACAUUUUCGAUAAAAUUGUGGCAUCGACUCGUAUUCGAAGAAGUUGGAGAUAGAAAUAACAGAAAAAGAUUGAGAACCUUUGCUGGAUUCAAUUUUCCAUCCAAAGAGGACGAAAACCUAAAAAAGAAAGUGCAAUAUAUUAAUGAGAACUGUCGAUUAAACGACCUAGUUGUUUUGUGCAACUUAUUAAAUGUUCAGUAUGACGGUACUAAAGACGAAAUCGUCGAAAGGCUUGUUCUUUCUCUUUCUGAUUUAAAAUCAUUACAAUCAAAUCUGAUCUUGGCAGACGUUGAUACCGAAGACGAAGAUAUAUUAGAAGUUCAAAGUGUUGCCGAUGAUCCACCUAGCAAUAAUUGUCUGCGCGUUUCGGAUAUGACUAAACUUUCCGUUAACUUUCGUGACGUGAAAAAUGUAAUCAAACCUUUCGAUGGUAGUGAAUAUUGUUCUAUCGAUAAAUGGCUGGUUGCAUUCGAAGACUUUGCUAAAAUGAUGACUUGAUCUGAUUUACAUAAAUUUAUAUUUGCAAAACAAUCCUUAACAGGGUUAGCGAAAUUAUUUGUUGAAAGUCAAAGCGGUAUUAAUUCCUGGGAUAAAUUGAAAUCGGAAUUAAAAGCGGAAUUUGGUAGUAAAUAUAACUCAGCUUGAUUGCACGGUAUGUUGGCUAAACGCCAAAUUCCCCCCAAUUAAUCUGUGCAAGAAUAUUUCUUUAAAAUGCGAGAACUCGCUAGUCGUGCAAAAAUUGAACCUGACGGGUUGAUCGAAUGUAUUAUUUCUGGUAUACCUGACAUACCCAGCAACGAAGCGAUGUUGUAUGGAACAGAUAAUUUGACAGAAUUUCGUGAAAAGUUGAGAGUGUAUGAGAAAAUCCGGUCUACGUAUUCUCGUUCGUUUCAGUCUAAACCGAAUCUACCUACGGAGCAUCGAAAACCCCAGCCUUAACGAAAUAAACGUGACAGUAAAACUCUCAAAUGCCAUAAUCAAACCUAGCUGUUCAGAUUAUGCUGCGCCAAUAGUUUUAUGCAAAAAUAAAAAUGGCAAAAUUAGACUGUGCGUCGACUUUAGAAAGUUGAAUCGUAAAACGGUCAGAGAUCACUUCCCCUUGCCUUUGAUUGAGGAUGUGAUAGGUCGUUUGGAACAGUCAAAAGUGUUCUUGUCGCUCGAUUUAAAAAAUGGAUUUUUCCAUGUUGACAUUGAUGAGAAAUGUAGAAAGUUUCGUUACACACGAGGGCCAGUAUGAAUUUUUAAAGGUUCCUUUUGACUGGUGUAAUAGCCCAAGUGUAUUUCAACGUUAUAUUUACCAUGCGUUUAGACCAUUGUUACAAGAUAAAACUGUAGUAAUUUAUAUGGAUGAUAUCCUAAUACCGUCAUCAAAUGCACAGGAA